AACUAAUUCUCUCAAAAAUGGUUAAAAGAAUGAUUCUGAACUUGGUCCUCAAAUAUGGAGGCAAAGUGGCUAAGUCUGUCUCAAUGGCUUACAAAAGAGUUGCUUCUGGUGAAGGAGGUGCUAAGCAGAGCUUCGAUAAGUUCCAGAAGCAAACAUUUGGUAGGAUGAUGAACACCCCAAUGACAAGAGAAGAGUCUGCGAAGAUUCUUGGAAUUGAGAAAACAAUUGAGAAUAUACAAGAUGACGUUGAUCCACAAAUCAUUAUGGAUAGAUUCGAAGAGAUGUUUAGUAAAUAAUGAAAGCUCCUUUUACCUCCAGAGCAAAGUCUAUUUCGCCAAAGAGUUCCUCAUGCAGGACCAUCCUGUAGAGCUAAAUGUUUCGAAGUAUAACCCAGACCAAGACGGUGGAGAAGAAGCUGAAGCAGAGCAAGCUGAAGAAGGUGAUAAGAAGAAGUCUAAAGAGGAGAAGAAGGAGAAAUAAGUAAAUAAGCAGUUUGU